AUGGACACCAGCCGAGGAGCGACCAUCAACGGUCGACCGGUGCGUGACCCAGCCGAGGCAGCACGAUGGAUCGAGGGCGUCAUCAAGGGUCAGAUGGAAAAGGCUCUCUCUACCGAAGGUCAGUUGCAUUGCACCCCUCUUGCUCUGGAGAGAGCUUCCGCCCUUGAUCGUCGCUACCUCGCUUACAUGCGAUGCCAGUGCCUCGGAGCGUGACGGACAUGACUUGACUGACGUCCACACAAUCUCAUCAUCCCUAGACAAGCAGCUCUUGAUGCAAGCCAACGCCAAGUUGAUGGGGCACGCCACCCUCGGCAUGUACAUCGGCGUCCUCGUCGGUCCGGCCUACAUCUUUCGACAGCGCUUCACCGCGGGCUGGCGAGCGGCGACCAAAGCCUCUGCUGGAGGUGGUGCCGGCGCGAGCGCGGUUACAACAACGACCCCACCACGAUUGUUCUACCCGACCAAGGCUUCGGAUCCGACGGGGCGCGGUGCGGCGAACGGGCCUCAAGCGGCCAAGAGCAAGAUGACGUACAUCGGUCGCGGCGUCGGACUUGGUCUGCUGGGCGGCUUCAUCGGGUGAGUCUCGAAGUGUCAGAGUAUUCGACAGCUCCAGUCAGUCCCGGAUUUUGUAGCUUACCAACCGUAAAUCAUGUCGGGGCCCAAAGGAGUCAGAUUGGUGUCGUAACGGGAACGCGAGCGGCGCAGAACCUGAUCAAAGACUCGGGCCAAGAAGCGCGCAUCGCGGCCAAACUCAAGAAGGCGAUGGACCAAGCCGUGCUCGAGAUCAAGCAAGGGAGUACGGGACUCGAGACGGCGUCGAACCCUUUGUUGAAGCGCAGCAAUCCGUUCGGGAGCGUGGGUAGUGAAGGGUCGUCUGCGAUCGAUGGACCUCCCGGUGGUAUGGUGGAAGAUGUGGCCCAUGAUGAUGCAGCUGCGGAUGAUCGAGAUGCGUUCUUGUCGCGUGAGUUCAUAAAGAUUUCGCAAGCUACUAUAUAUGCGCACUUAUGCUUUCCGUCCUCAUGUCUCGCAGAGGAUGGGAGCGUCGCGCCGAGCCGACGAGCACCGAUGUCUCGAUCUGCCGAUCCCAAUGGCGCGCCCUCACGAUGGGAAGAACUACGCAAGUCACGUGCAGCACCUCUUUCGUCAUGGGACACGAUCCGCGAAUCUUCUUCUCGUAGGGACGUCCCCUCGGCCGCUCCUGCGGAUGUGAGUUCAGGCGAUGGGCAGAACCAGGGUCAAUUACCGAGCAUCGGGAGUAGUGCGGCCGAUCGCGAGGCGAGGAGGAGAAAGUUUGAAGAGCUGAUGGAGCAGGAGAGGCGAGGGGUCGAUAACGUCGGCUUGGACCAGUCGUUCGACGAAAGGAAAUGGAAGUGA